GCAUCCAGGCCAGAGGGGGAAAACAGAGCCUGAAAAAUGAAAGAAAAAAAUCUAUACAUACAAUUUUCAGAAAAAUCUGUAAUGCCAACAUUAUUUUUUGAGUGCAUGUGUGUAUAAAUGCAAGUGUGUAUGCUGAGAGAAAACCUUUGUUAAACCGGAAGGUCUCCAAACCGCAGCGAAGUAGAAAUGGAGAAAAAAAGCCUGUUACAUGGGAGUAUGGAAAGAAAUCACCAAGCUUAAGGAUAAGUGUGUGAUUAUGUACUCCAGUCUAUAGAGAUCAGGGAUCGUAUGCCAAUACGCCAGAGCCCAGGACCAGGAAACAGGAAGGAAGGAUUUAAAAAAUAAGAGAAAGUUCGUCGUUUAACUGUUGCUCCGGUUAUUUGAUAAGGCGGGUCCUGAUAUGACAGCCUGGCCCGCGGGGGCGGUGGGACGUCUCCGGUCUGGCUGAGUUCUCCGAAGGAAGGGACUUGCUGCAGGCGCCUUAGUGCAGAAGCCGGGCUGGAUCCUGCCUCUGACCCCCGGGAUCCAGGGUUCUGCCCGCGACGCGUCAGUUUCCUCAUCCGCAGAGACACCCUAGGAAGCCUCCUGGGGGGUCGGAGGAUCAUCUGAAACCGUGCUCAGCGCCCCGUUAGUUCGACUCGGACCGCAGAACCUUGGCUCCCCGGGUACCCUGACAGGCCCGCCCCACCCCCUCGCCCAUCCUUCCCCCGCCCCGGCCCGCCCUUUGCCCUCAGGUGACUUUCUGAAAGGUAGUGGGGACCUGCCCUCCGGUCGCUCAGUUUCAUUUCCUGGCGACCCGGGUCGACAGUGCAGCAGUCGCGGCCGUGGUUCCAGCGCGUCCCCUCGUUCGCCCCAGGAGAACCAUGACGGAGCUGUUUACCCUGGCCGAGGAGCUGUCGUGCUCCAUCUGCCUGGAGCCCUUCAAGGAGCCGGUCACCACCCCGUGUGGCCACAACUUCUGCGGGGCGUGCCUGGAUGAGACGUGGGCCUCCCUGGGUUCGCCGUAUCGGUGCCCACAGUGCCGCGCCGUCUACCAGGCACGGCCGCAGCUGCACAAGAACACGGUGCUGUGCGCGGUGGUGGAGCAGUUCCUGCAGGCGAAGCUGACCCGGGAGGAGCUCCCCCAUGGCUGGACGCCGCCCGCCGGUGGCGCCGCCCACACCCGGGUCAAGGCCGGCGCCAAGACCCCCGCCAAGGUCUCUGACCCCGUCGCCCAGGUGAUCUGCGACCAGUGCCUGAAGGAGGCCGCCGUCAAGACGUGCCUCGUGUGCAUGGCCUCCUUCUGCCAGGAGCACCUGCAGCCGCACCUCGACAGCCCAGCCUUCCGGGACCACCCGCUGCAGCCGCCCGUCGGCGACCUGAUGCGCCGCAAGUGCCCCCAGCACAACAGGCUGCGGGACUUCUUCUGCCCAGAGCACGGCGAGUGCAUCUGCCACAUCUGCCUGGUGGAGCACAAGAGCUGCUCGCCUGCGCCCCUGAGCCAGGCCAGCGCCGACCUGGAGGUAGGGGUGGUGGGUGAGGGCGCAGAGGGGCAGCCUGGGCCUGCUGGGCUUGCUGGGCCUGCUGGGUUGUGCCACUCUGGCAUGCCGGCAUACCCUGGAUCGCCUGGGUUCCUCGCUGGGCCAGGAACAUCCCCGAUGUCACACAAUGUCAGGGAGAACAAGGGCUGUCCUUGUGUUGUCAAAGGAGACGUGAGGCCUGCAGGAGGUUUGCAGUGGCGCCAGGACGAGGAUGCGGGCCCUGCUCCCGUCCUCCUCAAGAAGAAGAGUGAGAUCCAGAAUCUGAAGGAGGAGACUGAACUUGCCCUGAAUAAGGGGGACGAGUUUGAGUUUCUGGAGAAAGCGGCAAAACUGCAAGGAGUCUCAACGAAGCCAGUCUACGUCCCCAAGGUGGAGCUGAAUCAGGAGCUGAUCAAGGGCGUCUGCCAGGGCACCUUAGACCUCAAAAACGAGCUGAAGCGGUAUAUCCAACAGUCCCAGGACAAGAAGCCCCUUGAGCCCCCUGGCUCAGCCCCACCCAGAACAUUUCCCUUUGAAGCCCUGGAAUUGAUAGUGGAUUCAAAAGAAGUUGGCCUGGAGGCUGGAGCCAAAACCACCACCCCGCAGGCGAACUCGAUGUCUCUGAGGGACGAGGUGCUGGAGGCCUUUCUAGCCAAGUCCAGACCUGAGCUCCUGAAGUAUGCUGUUAGAGUCAUCCUGGACUGCAACACCGCCCACAGCAAUGUGGCUCUGUCAAAGAACUACACCGUAGCUUCUGUGGCUGACGUACCCCAGAGCUAUGAGUCCCAUCCUCAGAGGUUCACUUGCUGCUCUCAGGUGCUGGGCCUGCACUGCUACAAGGAAGGGGUCCACUACUGGGAGGUUGAGCUGCGGAAGAACAACUGUGGGGUGGGCAUCUGCUAUGGCAGCAUGCAACGGCAGGGCCCCGGGAGCCGGCUCGGCCGCAACAGCUCCUCCUGGUGCGUGGAGCAGUUCAACACCAAGAUCUCUGCCUGGCACAAGAGAGUGGAGAAAACUCUGCCCUUCAAGGCCACGCGGGUUGGUGUGCUUCUCAACUGCGACUACGGCUUUGUCAUUUUCUUCGCUGUCACUGACAAGGUCCACCUGAUGUAUGCGUUCAAGGUGGACUUUACUGAAGCUCUGUACCCGGCUUUCUGGGUGUUCUCUGCAGGUGCCACGCUGUCCAUCUGCUCCUCCAAGUAGGCAGGCCAUGGACAAUGUCUCUGGCUGACUACCAGUGGAGUGCCCAAGACUCUAGUGAAAAUGCUGCAGGUGGAGCUCUCUCGGAGGACUUCCCUGAGAGUCCCUAAGUUGAAAGGAUGGGAGGGGAGUGGGUGGCAGGUGGGAGGGUGGGGAGAUGGGAUAGAGGAGGGAUUUGGCCAAGGCAAGGGGUGGGGUGGCAGUGAUUGUGUUGUGGGUGAGGAAGCAUUUCUACCUCCCGGCACCCAUCAGGGCAGGGGGACCUCCUCCCUCUUGUUUUGGUAGCUCUCCAGGCUGCUGGGCAGCUGGAUGGGGCUUUUGGGGACAAGUCCUGACUGCCCCUUUCCUCCUGGAGAAAUCUGUAGCCACUGCAGGAUCUUUCUUGCGUCCCUUGGUGUAUGUCCGGUUGCUCUCCGGAGUGGCCUUCAGAUUUUCGUGUUUUGAUUACUCUCUAUAGGGCUAUUGAACUCUAUAGAUUUUUUAAAAUUCCACAGUCAUGGGAUUUCAAUGUUAGUCAGCCCCCACUACCCACGUGUCGGGCGUGGGGUGAGCGCUCAGACUCCUGGUUAUUUUCGGUGCUUGAGGGAAACCACCACAGCAGACCUCCUCCCAGACCAGACUCUCCCCCAGAAGCGUGUCCUCCUCCUCCACUGGAAGGUAGCCCUGCUUCCCUGGUCUCCUGCACCCCUCAUCACCCCAGUCGAUGGUUUUAAAAGGUUUAAUCGAACAGGAACCUUUUCAGCCUAAGGCUUCAAAGCAUGAUCUGAAUCAGCCAAUGCUGAAUUUGCGAUUCGAGGUCAAGGUGACCCAGGUCCCGUGUGGACGGAAACCCUUCCCACUCCCCAGUGUCGUGAAAGGCAUCUCCGUAGCCACCCUCUGGCUGCAGCUCUGGAGCCUGGCUGGAGGCCUUCUUCCCAUAGCCUAGGCUUUGGGGCAAGGAAGUCCUCAGGGCAAGAGGGACACUGACCUGGGUUGAUGGAAGUGUGAUGAUUUUGCUCUUAGUGUCUUGCCUUCUUUCUUAAAGAUUGGCAUCUGGGCUAACAACUGUUGCCAACCUUUUUUUUUUUCCCCAAAGAUUGGCACCUGGGCUGAUAACU